GAGAAGCGCCAUAGCCACGGUAGCCCUGGCGACGAGAACCCAGCAACGAGAAUCAACAACAACAACAACCGAAUCAACUAAAACAAUAAAAGAAGACAUUUCACCGGUGGCGGGAAACACACACGUGGAACCGGAGGGUGACUCCCAGCUCUUGUAAUGGCCACCGCAGGCUACGUAGGCGAGAUCCAGCCGGCAGCCCAAUCCCAGGGGACUGGUGUCACCGUCACACCUGGGCAGCCCGAUGCCAGCUCCACCCCUGCAACUGCCCCUCAGUUUCUGGCUGAGAUUCAGACUGCUGUGGCUACUCCCACUGUUGUCACACCCACGGGCCAAACUGCUCCCACUGAGCAAGCCACUUCCAUCAUCAUUCAGAAGCCUGCAGCUGGUGGUCAAGCUCAGCCCGCAGCACAGGCCCAGUCCGUUCAGACUCAGUAUGUGACGGCAGAAAUCCAGGGCUCCCCUUCAGAGACUGGAAAUGCUCAAACCACUCCUCAGUACAUCGUUGUAACAGUCACAGAGGGCUCCCUUCACUCAAGUGACAGCUUGUCGGACUCUAGUCCUCCUCCAGCUGUGGUGCAGACAGGUGUUCCCACACAGGUUGUUCAACAGGUGCAGACGGCUCAACAGACGUCUGUGGUGCAGGCCACCUCCCAGAUAACCAAGACUGAGCCAGGGACCCAGCUCAGUGUCACCAGUCUACAGCCUGUUCAUAUCAGCCAGGAGGUCCAGCAGCUCACACCAGUGCCAGUUCAACAUGUUUACACCAAUCAAGUGCAGUAUGUGGAAGGAGGAGACACCACCUACACCACCAGCACCAUUCGCUCCAGCGCCUUCCCUUACACUGACACACCCCUGUACACCCAGACCACAGCUGCCCAGUAUUAUGAGGCGCAGCCAACUUCAGGCUCUCAGGCCUCCACCCCUGGAACUCCUCUUACCGUCUCUGUGACGGCUGGCACAACAGGGGGCGUGUCCAUGUUUGUGGCACAGCCCACUAUUGCGGCAGGGGGAGGGGCCACAUUGGUGACCACAGGUGGCACCACCAAUGGGGCAGGGGAUGGGGCAGGCACCAAUGGUGGCACAGCAGGCAGCUAUGUGAUCCAGGGGGGUUACAUGCUGGGCAGCAGCAGCGGAGGGGCAGCUGGCAACAGUCAGAACUACUCACACACCGCCCGCGCCUCCCCAGCCACUGUGAGUAUUACAGAAGGCGAGGAGAGUAGCGUGCCGUCGGCAGACAAGAAGGUACAGUGGUUGCUGGACAACUAUGAGACAGCUGAAGGAGUGAGUCUGCCCCGUUCCACCCUCUACUGCCACUAUCUGCUGCACUGUCAGGAGCAGAAACUAGAGCCUGUUAAUGCUGCCUCUUUUGGGAAACUCAUUAGAUCUGUUUUCAUGGGGCUACGCACACGACGCCUGGGCACUCGGGGUAAUUCAAAAUACCACUACUAUGGCCUGAGGAUCAAGGCAGGUUCCUCUCUUCUCCGUUUGAUGGAAGACCAGCAACAUCUGGCCAUGAGGCAGCAGCCAUUUUCACAGAAACAGAGGUUGAAGCCUGUGCACAAAGUGGAAGGAAUGACAAACGGCACUGCGUCAGGAGCAGGCCAGCAGCAGCAGCAGCAGCAACAGGGGUCAGGGCACGUGGACAUCAGCACCCAAGUUCAACAGUACCAGCAGUUCUUAGAUGCGUCUAGAUCUCUACCAGAGUUCGCAGAUAUCGACCUUCAGGGGAAGUCUCUGCCGGAGGGUAUCGAACUGGAGCACAUCAAGAGCUUUCAGCUGCUGUACAGAGAGCACUGUGAGGCCAUACUUGAUGUGAUGGUCAACCUGCAGUUUACCCUGGUGGAGACACUGUGGAAGACCUUCUGGAGAUUCAGCCAGAGCCAGGAUGGAGAUCCCACGUUGGCUGUUCAUGAUGAGUCAGAGAAGCGUCUCCCUAAAUCCUGCCUGGUGAUUCUGUGCAAGUAUGACCCAGUGCUGCGCUGGAGCCGUGACUGUGACAACAGCCUGUACCAGAGCCUGGUGGAGAUCCUCAUCCCUGAUGUCCUCAGGCCCAUCCCCAGUGCCUUAACUCAAGCCAUCCGUAAUUUCGCCAAGAGCCUGGAGAGCUGGCUGACCAAUGCCAUGAUGAACAUCCCAGAGGAGAUGGUCCGAAUCAAGGUAACUUCAGCCAAUGCGUUUGCUCAGACACUGCGUCGCUACACCAGUCUGAACCACCUCGCCCAGGCUGCCCGCGCUGUCCUCCAGAACACAGCUCAGAUCAACCAGAUGCUCUCGGACCUCAACCGCGUUGAUUUUGCAAACGUCCAGGAGCAGGCUUCGUGGGUGUGCCGGUGUGAAGACCGCGUUGUGCAGCGGCUGGAGCAGGAUUUCAAGCUGACCCUUCAGCAGCAGAACUCCCUGGAGCAGUGGGCUGCGUGGCUGGAUGGCGUAGUUUCCCAGGUCUUAAAGCCCUACCAGCACAGCUCUACCUUCCCGAAGGCCGCUAAGCUCUUCCUGCUCAAGUGGUCCUUUUACAGUUCCAUGGUGAUCAGGGACUUAACCCUGCGGAGUGCAGCCAGUUUCGGUUCCUUUCACUUGAUCCGCCUGCUCUACGAUGAGUACAUGUACUACCUGAUUGAGCACAGAGUGGCCCAAGCUAAAGGAGAAACCCCCAUCGCUGUCAUGGGAGAGUUUGCCAGUUUAGGCCGAGGUCUAAACCAGCUGGAUCCUGACAAAGAAGAGGAAGAGGAGGAGGAGGAGGAGAGUGACGACGAUGGUCAGGAGCUUUGUCUUCCCCCAGACGGGGUCGUGCUUGGAGAAGAGUCUCUGGAGCCGCCUGCUAAGCUGGCCAGGACUGACCAGAGAGUCCUCUUCACCACCGGAUCAGCUGACGACUAACCACAGAGUCACACUGCUAGAUGUGGGCUGAUUAUAUUAAUCAUACAGACACUUAAAUGUACAAAGAACACUAAUUUAUACACUUGAAACAUGUAAAUAGAUCUUGUAAAUGUGUUUGCACACCCCUUGCUGCAUACUGUUACUUUCCCACUAGUUUAAACACACAAACACGUACACGCACACAAACACACACGCACAAUCAAACCACGCUCUUUCAGUAGCCGCUGCUGCCUGAAUGGCAUGACUACCUGUUGGCACCAUUGAUUCAAUACAAAAUCAUUGUUUCUGCAACAGGUAGUGGUUUCAAAAACACAAGGCGUUUUCACCCUCAGUCGUACGAUCUUCUGAAAAUAUGAACUGAAAUCCAGGCAUGUCAUUUUCGUUCCUCUUUGUAUUUCCACCUGUAGCCUUGUCGAGAAACAUCUGCUAACCCUGGAUCCUCCUGAAACCGUCACUGCCGUAUCAAAGUGAUCUUGAAAAUAAUGUGAUAUGUGUGUGUGUGUGUAAAAGUAAAUUCUAGAGGGUGUGGGUCGGGACCUUUUACAGUCAGUGAUUGCUGAAUUUAGUUACUAAUUCAUUCAAAGGAAAAACACAUUUGUAAAAGACAGGUGGUUUGGAUUGUGUGUGUGUGUGUGUGUUAGUGUGUCUUCGUGUGUGUUUGUGAGUGUGAGGGGUCACACCGCUCUAAUGUGUUUUCUGGAGGAUGACUGAACAUUGCUUUUGUGUGUGUGUGCGUGUCUGUCUGUCUGGUUGUGUGAUUGUGAGUCAUGCACGUGUUGACUGGUUUCCUCUGUAGAUAUUUUCCAAGGCUUUUCAAAUGUUGUUGAUUUGGGAGACGUGUAGCUUCUCUGUUUGAUUUGCCUGUAAUGAAAUCCUAGUGGUGUUCUUGGAGUGCCUGUCGCGGCUGCUACACACACUUGUAAAGAUAAAACUACGGCUGUAGAAUAGGGGCUCUCAUUAGUUGCUGCAAAAAAAAAACCUUUCUCUUUUUGUCGAACCGCUAGUUCCACGAGAGAGGUACUGUACGUGUCAUAUAUUUAAAGUGCUUCAUUCCUGCUCAUCUACUAAGCUCCUCUGUGGCCUCAUUGUUCUUUGAAAUAUCAUUUUCUUGCCUUAUUUUGAUGCAUUUUUCCACAUGUGUGUGCCAAACCUUUUUACUUUGAUCCCAGAUCAUGUCAUUUAUGAAUUUUCUCUAUGUUUUAAGGAGGACUGUGCCUGAGUAAGAACGGUGAUAUACUUAUAUUCUGCUGUAUAUUUAUCCACUAUUUUGAAUUUUGUUGUCACUAAGUGAACCUCUCGUGCCGUGUAUGGUGCUGUGUUGUCACACAUUGUAAUCAGCCUAUGUGUGCUUUCUUGAUUUGUGGUUGUACCUUCAGUUAUCAGUCCUAUCUCAUACCUUUUUUCGACUUUUCCACAAACCCUGCCUCUUUGCACACUUUCGAUUGUUGUCUUUAAAGCUCCGAGAGAGUCCAUCUUUUUUUCAAUAAUCCUUUACGUCUUAGGUAUUUGUUUUUACAGUGUACAGUGCUCCGCUCAGUGUGGUUCAGAGAAUUUUGCGAGAGGGGAAAUCUCUGUCUGCUCUCCCUGCACAGUCCACUGAGGCUCAUCUCCCUCAUCUCUCUCUGCGAUUCCGCACUCCCGCCAAUGGCUUUUGUUUGGCUUCAAACAUACAUGUUCUUACACUGUUCAUCAAGAUUGGUUGUUGUAAACAUUUCCUUUUUCCUGAUUUGAAACGCAUAUGUCUUGAAAUUGCUGCAGUGCACAUCUUUGACGGGCAACGCCCGCCUCAAACCAGCACAUCAUCCUCACAUGGAGUCUGAUGCUACCACGGCAGGACAGUACAUAUCACUCCAGUCUUUUAAUGUCCCAAAGCAUUUAGAAUGCCCAUUGUUUACCCGGUAAGACAAAUGUUUAGUCAUUUCUUUUUAUAAUUUAUUGUUUCUAAUGUAAAAAACAAACUUGAGAAAAAAAAAAAAUGUUCAGUGGCAGUGUUUUAUGAAUUUGGUCUGCUCUAAGUAUGACUGUGCCUUUGGAGGUGGUAGAAUGCAAUUCAGAUGUUUUUAAUUUUAAAGAUAUAAAUUAAAGAAUUUUUAAAAUUG